AUCGAUAAUCACUCUUAAAAACAGCACAUCAACAUCGGAUCAUCGUGCGUCCGCCAAUAUAGUCUAGAGCUCAUUGUACCACAGCAGAGAGUCAAAAAGCUCAAAAGGUCGUUUGUGGUUGCAACAGAUCUCCGAACACAGUUCAUCCACCCUCGGGAAAGACAUAACGGAGAUUUCGAAGCGCUCUCUUUUGUUCUGAAAGACUUCUAAGCUUGCAAGAGAAGCACGAGUCCCUCCAGAAUUGCGACUGACACUAUCAGGUUCUUUUAAAGACUUGUUCGUGUAGUGCCCACGGUCUGUAUUUGCUGACGGAACAGGAGUCAAGUUAGUGAUGUAAAGAACUAUGGACAGAGCCAUUGUUGUUGGCGUUACAUUGUUCAUUUUUGUCGCGUUUGCUGUGGCAGGCGACGGAAAUUUGCCCACGCAAAACCGCGCUGAUACAAGGAGGAAUAAAGGUAAAUGGUUUCAAUCUGUUAUUGCAUUUUCGUUUUGUGCACCAGUUAAAAACGCUUGUUCAUCGUGAAAACAAUAUACAGUUAAUAUGAGCGCAUUGCCAACGCAGUGCUGGCCUGAUUCAAAAUUACCAGUCUAACAGUGAAAGGAGAACAAAAGGUAAUGAUUGAUAAAUACUCAAAACUAUUCUUAAGUGAUAAAAGUGACCAACCGUUUUAAAAAAAUGUGUUUCGACUUGAUUUUGUCCCUCGAAAUAAUCUGUUAGUACAAGUGGCUUAUGCAUUGUUACCGAAAAUACAUCAUUGUAUUUGAUACUGACAUUAUUAUAUUUUAUCAAAGAAUAUAUACUGUAUAGCAUCGGGGUGGUUCAAUAACAGCCUCAUUAUUUCGAGAUCAACGAUUAGUGUCAAGGUUUGCUAGCUAGAUUGAUAUCUAGCCGCAACUGUUUUCCCUCAUUUGAGGGGACAGUAGUCACGUUCCGUGUUCACGCAGUGAUUUUUUAAAUUGCCCAAAUGCCUGACAUUUUGACUUGCUCUCUGUUGAGUGAACUUAACGAAAAGUGUCAUUUAUGUGCGUGACUGGGUAGUUAUUCUCAAAAUGAAGCUUGCCUGAGUAUUCUGAAGUUAAAUAACUUGACCACUAAAAAUUUUGUUGAUAUUGUUGUUUUCCUUUGCAUGUCCAAUGUAGACGCGGGGGUGGCAGCUUGCAAUCGUACGAUGUUGUGCUGCAAUUUGGGACGGAAAGCCGUUCGCCUCUCCUAUCCAGCCAUGUACACCUGUAACAUCGAAGCCCUGUCACGAGGUCUAGAACACCACACGUCUGUCAGCCAUAGGCUGAAAUACAGGCUGCCCAGUAACACACAGGACACACAGGCGGGUAGAAUGGAUGCUGCUAAUUCACUUCACACGUCCCUUGGAUUCCGUCGACGUUUGAUGCUGUGCAAGACAAAGGAACCAUCACAAAAACGCUGCUUCGAGGAGUGCUGCAGGAGAAAACUACGGAAAAAUAAAGCAAAAGUGAAAAAUGUUGCUAAUAAGCAGGUUUCUCCAGAUCGCAGCAACUUAAAUAACACAUUUUCGGCUGACUGAACUACAGGAAAGAGAAAGUCGCUGGACUCUGGCCCUAGCGAGUUGAGCAAAACUCUUGCAUGGUUUGGCCAAGUUAGAAAAUUUUGUGUUAAGUUCGUUCUUUGCUCAAUAACAUGGGAUUCUGCAGUAGACAGUAGGAGUGAAACAUUUCUGGCCACGGGCUUAGGCUUCUCUUAUUCCAGUUAAUAUUUGGAACCCAUGUCUCGGGUAAAAAUAUAUGAUUGUCCGGGAGAGUCAGUGUUGUCUUACGCUGUUUUCACGCUAUACUCGGUGGCUUUUCGUGUCGACACGAAACACCACCCGCAUUGUGUGAACACUUAUUCGAUAUGUGACUCUCCACUUUCCCGCCGAAAUCACCGUUCUGAACAUAAAGCCCAUCUGGUAUGGUCUUAGUGCCAACUCAAAGGCUACCUGGUAUAAUUUGAACAUAGUCUUAAAUAUUUGGUACAAGACCCGAGGACAUCAGUGUCUGAUGUUUCAAAAACCUGUGCGGAAGUCGUCACCACUACACUAUGAAUUUGUCCUAAUAAAAAUAAUAACAAUAAUGAAUUUGUAUAGCGGAAAUUCUAUACAAUUUUCAAAUUCGCUUCUCAAAAAAAUCACACAAUGGUCUUCCGCACAGGUUUUUGAGACGUCAGUCAAUGUUACCAACAACGUCCUUUUCAAAAAUUAUCAUUAUCAACAAAAUCAUCAGCAUUAUGAUUAUUUUGAUUAUCAUGUUAUUACGCGGUGUUUCCAGUGACAUAUAAAUUAAGAACAUAUUGAAACAAAUAUAAAGAACCAAUAUUAUCAGUACUGUGACAGUGUAUUUUUAAAGUAGCUGCAUAUUUUGCGGAAAAGGUAAUAUGGGUUGGACACGCUUGUGCACUGACGUGUUUGCAAUUACAACGG